CAGCAGCCUAGCUCUAGCCUUCAUUCUGUUCCAGUCACACGAUGGAUCUGCGUAUCUCUGUUGUUCUGCUUUUCUUUUUUCUCACUGGAGGAUACUCUCUGAAGUGUUACACCUGUUCAUCUGCUCAGGAGGGUCCCUGUGAAGCAAAAGUGGAGAUAUGUGGAGAUGGAUUUUCCAAAUGUGAAAGCAAAACAACAGAACAAUCCACUGGUUCCGCUAAGGUGUCUGUCACAAAAGAGUGUGCACGUACAUGUAAAGCUGGGACCCAUCAGCUAAUAACUGGAGUGACAUUAACUACCCGCUGCUGUGACACUGACCUCUGCAAUGGAGCAGAUGGCGCGUAUAAGGGAAGCUACCUCCUGCUGAUGUCUCCUCUGCUCUUCUACUUCCUGUUUCAGUGAGUCCUGCUGCACUUCAGAUUCAACAGCUGCAGCAGAAACUGAAUGUCACAGCAUCUCUAUUUCAUACUUUACUGAAUAAAGCUCGUUUUGUAUUGUUAUAGUGUUAGUUAAUUAAAUAUAAGUGGAGUUACAGUUAUUUUACUAAUAAUGAGUUCUGUAUUGUCCAAUUAGAUGCUGUUACAUCAUUAGAUUACAUGGGGACUAGCUCACUGGUUGUUUAUGUUUAGCGUCAGUAUGCUCGCAGGCUCGUGUGGAUGGUUGUAGUCAAACCCAUCAGCACUGGGCAAGAGCAUAAACCCCGCUGUUGUAAAGUUCCUGCAACGGAUUAUCUUUGUUGUGUGCUUCUCUUCAAGCCUCCACGGACACUGAUAAACAAACGUUACAGACGAGAGCACAACAGUAUCAUGAUUUUAGGAACGGAAAAUCUGUAUUUUAUUAAAUAAAUGUUCAAUAAAAUACUAAAUCAACA